GGCCGUGCAACCAUAAAGUACUAACUCUGGCCCAGUAACAUGGGGUCGCAAGCAGUGCCUUAUCAGACUUCUGCAGCAGCGGACGCGACGGCGACCUGGCGCAGAGGUGGAUACGAAAGCCUAUGUCCGACAGACUGCAUCCAGCAAGACGCCUUCCUACCCAGUGGCCUCAUCGCACGUCCGAUAAAAUGCAUCCCCGAUGGAACCCUUCUACAUCACUGUCUCUUAUCCCCAUUCUGUCAUUCCCCAUUCUGUCGUUCCCAUCCUGUCAUUCACUUUAUCCCACAGGACCCCAACAAGUCAUUGUCGCCAGACCGGCCCCCGCCCGAGCAGGCGUGCUGCUCUGCUGCUGGUGUCGCCUCGGGCUUGUAUUUGCUGAACGCGGUACGCAGCUGCGCCGCCGGGCUGCAGCUGAUGGCGACUGCGAAUCCUUUCCCGAACUGUGUCCUAUCCUGGCCAUGGGUGGGAGAAAAAAAUACCUAGCCCCGCUCCCCGCCUACACUUUGAACCAAGUAAUUAUGCAUUGGUUUACAAUGAAACCCACAUCGAGUGCUUGCUUACUGCUUUAUCUGUCCGGAGCCCGAGACAGUGCUGAGAGACGAGGUGCCAGGCCUGGCACCUGUCUCCCGUUCCGAUUUGACGGCCCGUCCCUCACCCUGGGUGGUGGUCCCCAAGCGGCGCAAACCGGGCGGUUUCUUUUUCUUCCAUUAUUCCUUGGCUUAUCCCCGCACCCUGCCCUGGCAAUACAGCUGCAGCUCCGCCGCAUGCAACCAUUUUGUAAGCAAAAGAGCUUGUUUUCUUAUUGCCACGCCGGUGGGUUUUGCCUCACUCGGACACCCCCAGAGGCCUGCUCUCGGCCCAAGUGUCCAAUAUUCUUUCCUUUCGUUGCCUGACUUACUGCUCGCCCGCUCGGAGAUGGAUAGCCGCGGGCAUUCUCGGGAAAAGUAGCAGGUAAUUAAUCAAUCAAGAUGCUGUAGUAUCGGCCGGGGCCUUGAUCGGCUGAGGGUCGGCCGAUCCAACGCCCCGGUUUGUUCGCCCUUUCCCGAUCAAACGAGCAAAGAGACUCGCGCGG